AUGGUUCUCUACAGCUUCUACAUCUUCGAUCGGCACACCGAGUGCAUCUACUCGCGCCGCUGGACGCCCGCCCGCCCAACCUCGUCCUCGUCCAAAGCCGCCGCCCGCCCGCCGUCUGGCGCCUCCAUCGCGAGCAAUGGCGACGUGGUUGCUGCCGUCCGCAAAGGCAUGUCGCAUUCCGACGACGAGAAGCUCGUCUUUGGCCUUGUCUUCUCCCUCCGCAACCUCGUCACCAAGCUAGGUGGCGCCGACGACACGUUCCUUUCGUAUCGCACCGGCGAGUACAAGCUGCAUUACUACGAGACGCCCACGCGCAUGAAGUUUGUCAUGCUCACGGAUACAAAGGUUAUCAACCUAAGACAGUAUUUGCACCAGAUCUGGGCCAAUCUGUAUGUGGAAUACGUGGUCAAGAAUCCGCUUGCGCCGACGGAGCACCCCGGCGGCAUAGGCGUUGCGAAUGAGCUGUUCGAGCGAGGGUUGGAGGCCUUCAUCACAGCGGUACUGCCAGUAUGA